CACAUGUUUAUAAAGCUGCAUUGAAUUUGAUUUAUUGGCAGAGCCAAUCAAAACUUUAACUUCAACAAAGAAAGAAAGAAACAGAAAAACGUUUAAACCAUGAAAUUGACCCUACAAAUCCUCACCUUAACUUCAAUUCUCUUACCUCUUUCCUACCCCAUUGAAUUCAAUUACCCUUCUGUUUUCAACUUUGGUGAUUCAAAUUCUGACACAGGUGAACUUAUUGCUGGAAUGGGUGAUCACCUUGAUCCUCCUUAUGGUAUGAUUUACUUCAAGACUCCAUCAGGAAGGUUCUGCGAUGGCCGCCUCCUCGUUGAUCUCUUAAAGAAGAUUGCUCUGGCUCUUAUGGCUACAAGGACCUGCCUUCUGUAUAUCUGGUUCACUUUGAUCUCCAUCUUCUUGACUCUAACAAGUGCCAUUCACUUCAAUUAUCCUGUGGUUUUCAACUUCGGAGACUCGAAUUCUGAUACUGGAGAGCUCAUUUCUGCUGGGAUUGAAAGCCUUAAUCCUCCUAAUGGGCAAUCUUACUUCCAAACACCAUCUGGGAGAUACUGUGAUGGCCGUCUCAUUGUUGAUUUUCUCAUGGAUGCAAUGGAUUUGCCAUUCUUGAAUGCCUAUCUGGAUUCACUUGGCUUACCGAAUUUUCGCAAAGGGUGCAACUUUGCGGCUGCAGCAUCAAAGAUUCUUCCAGCAACUGCUUCAGAUCUCAGUCCAUUUUCAUUUGGGAUCCAGGUUUCCCAGUUCCUCAGAUUCAAAGUUAGGGCUCUUGAUUUGCUAGCAAAAGGCAGGAAGUAUGAAAAGUACCUGCCACUGCAAGACUAUUUCGAAAAGGGUCUCUACAUGUUUGAUAUUGGUCAGAAUGAUCUUGCUGGUGCGUUUUACUCUAAAACAUUAGACCAAGUUCUGGCAUCUAUUCCAAAAAUUUUAGAGGAAUUUGAAACUGGACUAAAGAGACUAUAUGACCAAGGUGCAAGAAAUUUUUGGGUACAUAAUACUGGGCCUCUUGGAUGCCUGGCUCAGAAUGUUGCCAAGUUCGGAACAGAUCCAUUGAAGCUUGAUGAGCUAGGAUGUGUCAGCGCACAUAACCAGGCUGCUAGAUUUUUUAAUCUUCAGCUUCAUGCUCUCUGCAAAAAGUUGCAGAGUUCAUUUGCAGGUUCUAAUGUCACCUAUGUGGAUAUCUUCUCAAUAAAGUCCAACCUUAUUGCUAAUUACUCUCGAUACGGUUUUGAGCAACCUAUAACGGCAUGCUGUGGGGUUGGAGGUCCACCACUAAACUACGACAGUAGGAUUGCUUGUGGGCAAACGAAAGUCUUGGAUGGUUCUUCAGUCACAGCCACUGCGUGCAAUGAUAGUACCGAAUAUGUAAACUGGGAUGGAAUUCAUUAUACUGAGGCUGCAAAUCAAUACGUUUCGUCACAGAUACUAACCGGGAAGUAUUCUGAUCCUCCUUUCGCUGAUAAAAUGCCUUUCCUCCUACCCAUCAAGUUUUGAGGACAGAAUCUUCAUUAUUGUAAUUAUAUAAUUAACAUCUCUCUUCAUUUGUUGGCUUAUGGUAUUGAUUUCAAGCCACUAAUAAGAGGGAGGUCUUGUCAAAUGAUACAAUUUGUGACUCAAUGAUUUAUAGUUUUCGACUAAA